CCGGACGAUUUACACUGUAGCACGCUGCCAAAACUUAAAAAGGACCCAUGCGGUGACAGCAGCAGUAUGUCCUGACAUUAGUCUGUAGUUAAUGAGACAGUAUUCAGAGUUAUUAGAAAGGUUUAAUACUUAAAAUGUCGUCAGAGUCGGGCAGAGCGGCGGGGUCAGACAGACCUCCGCCCCCGAACUGGAUCCUUCAGCAUCCAGCGUAUCAGCAAAUGAAGAAUCUGGAGGUUGGGGACAGUGAACAAGUACACGGAGCCUUCCUUGCCUAUAUGGAUCUUUCUGAGGUGCGUCGGUGGAAAGAAGUGUCCUGUGUCAAGAGUCCUGAGCUGCAGGUGGUUUUACUGGAAGGGAGGGAAAAGGAAGGAGGACCCAUCCAGACAAUUCUUCCGCUGCCUGUUCACCGUUCUCUGAGCCACAAAAGCAUACGUCAUGUGCUGGACAGAGGCUUUCCUAUGCUGUUGUGUGCUGUAGCUUCUGACUCCACCCUGGUCUACCAGAGGAUGACUGAUGGGUUGGUGACACCCGACCCCCCUGUGGGACCCUUCCAGGAUGUGGGACGCCGGCAGCAUCGGAAGAGACGGCAGCAGCACUGAGCAGCUGGAGUGAGAGGACACUAUGGUGUUGUUGUGAACCAAAGAUAAGCCUGUCUGUCUGUGUAAGCCGCUCCGAUAAAAAGUCAAAGGUGUACUGGCAACAUGGCAGCUGGUGCAAAUGGACGAAGCCACAGUGCCGCUCGAGGUGCUCUCAGUAAGAAACCUCUGGCUACAAUCAACCAGUCUAGGGAGUCUAGUUCACUGGUGUUGAAUAAUUUUCACAUGAGCUGACGAGUUAAGAUUAUGCAGUAAUUAACAACAUAAAGAGAUAUUUUUGUGUAUAAAUAAUUUAUUCCCUGCUUUCCAAAUCCUUCCUGUCUCGGGACCCCUCAGAUUGGAGAGUUUAAGAGAAAACACACUGACAGAACACAGGCCUGUUCCCCCAAGCCUGCCACUGUUUGUUUUACGCUUGCUCAUAACAAGGUUGACUAAGUGCUCAGAGAUGUGUAAUAAAAAGUAUUUUGGGUACAUUACUACUAGGGCCUGACUUUCUGAUACCUAUAUUGAUAUUUGAAAGUUUUAAAAAAGUGAUCAUCGUGAGAUUUUUUUUUCAUCUUAAAGACAUAACAUUAACAAAUAUUUUUGAUAAGGAUCCCUAAAAUUGUGACUGUAAAUGACUCACCUAUACUGUUAGUCUGUGCAUAUUAAGGCUAAAUGUAAAGUUUGUCUUUAAUCCUA